GAGCGCACGAGGGAGCAUUUGCUGUUCUUUAGUUAAACUGAAACAGGUUUGGUGUUUUCAGUGAAAAUGUCUUCAGUUCAGACUCAGAGAGUUUAUCAAGCAGCAGGAAACUCCUGCUGAAGAAACAUUCACAGAGUGGAAAGAAAUCAACGUUAAGAUGGAGGAAGAGAUGGACGAUCAGCGCAGACUGAUGGAUUUUACCCGGAUACCCAAGAUCAUCUUGCACCGGAUAGAUCUGUGGAAGGAGGAGGUUCUCAAUGAGCCCAGCAACCAGGAGGAAAACUCCACUUUAGAACAAGAGAAACAUCUGCAGAUGAAACAGGAUCAAGAGGAACCAGAACCUCUGCAGAUGAAACAGGAUCAAGAGGAACCAGAACAUCAAGAGUUGAAACGAGAUCAAGAGGAACCAGAACAUCAAGACUAA